UUCAUUGCAUCGCGCAGUCUUCUGUGUACUGCAACAUUUUUCGAUGCCUAGUCGCUGAUUGCCGUUUACAGAUUUUGCAAUUCUACCCAAGUGACCAGUUUUCGCCCGUUAAUAUGGUCGUAACUAAGGAUAUUUACCUGCCAUCGGACGAAGAGCUAACCGUUCCGGAAAUUAACCUUUCGGGGCCAGCCCUCCGUGCCGGUGCCUUUCAUGUUGGCAAGAAAUGUGAAGCAGAAAAUAAUGAAUUUAUGCUCUGCCGCCAAGAGUUGGACGAUCCGCGAGCAUGCUUGAAUGAGGGAAAGGCAGUCACCAGCUGUGCAAUGGACUUUUUCCGGAAAGUUAAAAAAUCUUGCGCCCAAGAGUUUACCCAGUAUGCCAACUGUCUGGAUAAAAGCAGUGGCGAUUUGAGAUUUAAAUACUGCCGUAAGACGCAAGCGGUGUACGACAAAUGUGUGCUGGACAAUAUGAACCUGGAGCGGCCGGACUAUGGAUAUUUCACCAGAGCUAAGGUUCACGCCACCGAUCGUCCAGCACCGCCGAAGAAGGAGAAAACCGUCUACGCGGAUGCUACACCCGGUUUGCCGGAUGAUUAUCCCCGGCCGGAAGCUAAGUAUGGAUCGCGUUUCCACUGGCUAAACUAGGAAGCCUAGGUGCGGUGUUUGUUUAGAAUUUUUAACAUCUGUGGCGCUAUCUUCGUUCGAACGCUUGUCGUUUGUCACAGGUAAUUAAAGCAAAUUAUGAAAUAUGUUAGAUGUCAUAUUUAAUU